AUGACGUACAAGUACUUAGGUGUUGAUGAGAAUGUUUCGUACAAAGGCUCACUCAACAAGAACAGAAUCCAAAGUGAGUACUUUAAGAGAGUUCGAAAGAUAUGGUGUAGUGAACUUAGCGGAUAUAACAAAUACAUCGCUCACAACUCAUUUGCUUUACCUGUCUUGAGACCAACAUUCGGCAUUUUAAACUGGACUAAAGACGAAAUCAAGGCGAUUGAUAUAAAAACUAGAAAAGUAUUGAAUAUGACCGGUAACUUUCAUCGUAACUCUGACGUUGAUCGAUUAUAUGCACCACGAAAAGAAGGAGGCCGGGGUCUCAAGAUGGUCAAGGAGGCAUAUGAAAGCCGCAUAAUAUCAAUUAACCAACACCUACACCAAAGCACACAACGUAAUCCCUAUCUCAAAAAGGUUGUGGAAGGAGAAAGCGAAUGCAUCGUACGACAAGCUAGAGAGUUUUUAUCAACUGCGAACAUCGAUGUUGAAGAAAACUGUACGCCACAGAAACUAUCACAGAAGUACUUACAGUACUGUAAAAAACAGAGAUUACAACGAUUUGAAGAAAAAGCUAUGCACAGCUAUAUCUGGAGAAAGAUAUCAUCACAAGAAAGUGUAAAUCUUGCCAAAACAACAUCUUGGUCGGCGAACAAGUAUAUGACUUCGCAUUUUGAAGGUUAUGCACAUGCACUGUACGAACAAGAAAUCAAUACGAAAGACCUUCAAUACCGCCGCGAUAAAAAAGCCGGUUUGCAGCCUAAACACAACAACCGAUGCCGACUCUGCAAAGUGCACGUCGAAGACAUCACACACGUCGUCUCGUCAUGUCCGAAUAUGUCAGCUAGAUAUUAUCUCCCAUUGCAACAUGACCCGAUUGCAGCAAGGGUCUAUACGGCAUUACGGAAGAAGGAAGACCCUCAUGCGAACGUCAAAUGCAGCAAAAACGAGUUUGUGUACAAGGAAGGGUGUAAGGAGUAUUGGUGGAACGUACCGGUGAAGACAGCGACAAAGGUUAAACACAACAAACCCGAUAUCAUCCAGUGGGAUUUACAAAGUAAAACAUGCAAGAUUAUCGAAAUUAGCUGCCCUGCUGAUGUAAACGUUAUGGGCCGUGGAAGAAAGAAUUUGUUUUGUAUUAUAUUUGGAUUUUAA